AUGCAGCAAUCACAGAUCCCAUCAACAACGACGACACAACACGACCGAAUAUCAGACCGGUCCAAUGAAACCACUUGGCAACAUCAAGACAAUAUUCCAACAUCACUUCAUCCAUUCAACACAAAUCAGCAAAAAGAACAAAGCAUGAGGACAACAACCAUGAUGGAUACUUGUUCCGAGCUUGAAUCAAUCUCGGAGUUAGCAGUCGGAAUGAACCCUUCUUUUAAACUUUCGUCACGUAACCGAAAUAUAAAUUCAAUAAGAAAAUCAUAUUCAAAUAUACACUCAGGAAACGUUUUCUUUUUUGGAAAUGACCAAUUUCAUCAUUGCUUGAAACAUCAUACCUUGUCCACACCAAGGACGCCUUGCAAAACCAUCAGUGAGACUACAAUCAGACCACCCGUUUCGACAUAUUUUGGAGCUAGUACAGAUGCUCAAUUUACUAGACAUCAUCCACUAAUUGAAUCUAAUGAAAUUAUUAAGGUCGCAAGUGGAGAUUGUCAUUCAUUGUUUUUAACACGAGAUCAUCGAGUGAUUGUAGCAGGUAAAAAUAAGAAUGGUCAAUUAGGAUUAUAUCAUUUUGACCCAAUCCAAGAACCUCAAUAUUUAGAGUUUGUUGGAAAAGACAAGAUACCAUGUCCACCCAUUCGAAAUGUAUAUUGUGGAGGUGAUUAUUCCUUCAUUGAAACCAUGAAUCAUGAAAUUUAUAGUUUUGGUAAAAACAAGAUUGGACAAUUGGGUAUUGGAGAUUGUGUACAUUCAAGAAUUGCCAUUCCGACCCGAGUACAUAUUCAAAACGACAAGUCUCCAUUCAGUAGCAGAUCAAUGGAUCUGUCAUCGAGUGCUAGCACGAACUCAUUUUCUCCUUACCAAAUCUCUUCAACUCCUCUGAAUUCUGUAUCAUCAACUCUCGUACAAGUUCCCUGUUCAUCCUCUUCUCAGAUUCCACUACCCUUACUACCAUCAUCAUCAUCGACAUGUCUUUUCCCAGGUCAAUCUCUUCCUGUAAAACUCAUUAGUUGUGGUUGGCAAUCGACAUUCAUACUCUUUGAGAAUGAUCACUUGUAUGUUUGUGGUGAUAAUAGUCAUCAAUGUCAUGUACCAUCAAGAUCUUCCAUGAACCAAAACAAUAAUAACCAAGACUCCUCUCCUCAUACCACAACCACCUCCACCUCCACCACCCAUACGAUCAAGCCAAUUAUUAGUCCGCAACGAAAAUUAGAAAAAUUUUCAUUUCAACGCAUUGAAAUUCCAAAUUUGUAUGCUUCAUCGCCGAAGAAUUCCAUUAAGGACAUUCAAGUAGGUCUCUUUCAUACUGGAAUACUCAUGGAAAAUGGAGAAGUAUGGAUUUCAUGUCCAUGUUGUUGCUCUCCUAUCGAAUUGGAACGAAGAAAAUUUAAAAAGAAGAGCUUUAUUGAUAAGAAUGGUAAAUUACUAGUCACUGAAUAUGGUAAUGACUUGUUGAAAUCAUUCAAGAUUAUGCACAUGGCAUAUUUAUCAACAUUUCUUGGUACUCACAAUGAUGUUGUAUAUGUGAGUGGAAUUAAUUAUUGUGGUAGUUUAGGUGUAGGAUCUUCAGAUUUGAUUGCGUACAAACGAUUUACUGAAUCAUCACUCUUGUGUCAUUUAGAUAUUGAGAGAAUUUAUGGAACCAAUCGAACGAUUAUUGUAACCCGACAAGGUCAUGUCUAUGUAUGUGGAAGUAAUUGUCAAGGAGAAUUGUGUUUAAAUCCACUUGAAUAUAGUAGUAUGGAUGGUAGUGGUGGUAGUGGUAGUAGUAGUAACAGUGAAAUGAAUACUAGUAGUGCGAUUCGUAGUGAAUCUAUUAAUAAUACGAAUCGUACCAUCAGUAGUGGCAGUAGUAGUGGUGGUAGUAGUGGUAGGAAUGAGAUUGGAACGAAUGAAACCAUGGUUGUUACCUCUUCAACGUUGCGAUACAAGAACACGUUAGGCCUCACACAGUCUACAAGCAUGAUGAUGGAUCCUCACUCGACGUCUCCAUGUCCCUGUGGAAAUGAUCAUUGUUUAAGGUCUUGUAUUGCAACUCCUCAAAGAGUACUCUUUCUAGAGAAUGAAUUGAAAAAACGAAGAAAUGCUAAACUCGAAAUAUCAUGUGGAUCUUUUCAUACCAUUGCCUACUUUACAAGUACAGAGACGAGAGAUAUGUCCAUGUUUUAUUACCAUUUAUAUAGAUCUUUGAUGAAUGAUGAUCCAUCAACGGUAGAUCACAACAAACAUCAUCAUCAUGGCUUUUCAGACUUGGUAUUUGAAUUUAAUCAAGAAGGCACAUCAGACUCUACGACCUUAGCGACUCAGAAACGAUCGGUUCAGCUAUUAGACCAGUACUCAUUCCUUUCAGUAGCUCCUCAAUCAAAAAAGAUUAAAUUGUCAUAG